AUGGCGAGUGAUUCUCCGGCCAGAAGUUUGGAUGAGAUCGAUCUUUCGGCUCUGCGGGACCCAGCAGGUAUAUUUGAGUUGGUGGAACUUGUGGGAAAUGGAACAUAUGGACAAGUGUAUAAGGGUCGGCAUGUCAAGACAGGCCAGCUUGCUGCAAUCAAGGUCAUGGAUGUCACGGGAGAUGAGGAGGAGGAAAUCAAAGCUGAAAUUAACAUGCUGAAGAAGUACUCCCACCACCGCAACAUUGCCACCUAUUACGGUGCCUUCGUCAAGAAGAACCAUCCAGGAAUGGAUGAUCAGUUAUGGUUGGUGAUGGAGUUCUGUGGUGCUGGCUCAGUAACAGACUUGAUAAAGAACACCAAGGGGAACUCUCUGAAGGAAGAGUGGACUGCAUACAUCUGCAGAGAGAUUCUCAGGGGUUUGACUCAUUUGCAUCAGCAUAAGGUCAUUCAUCGAGACAUCAAAGGUCAAAACGUGUUGCUAACAGAGAACGCGGAGGUCAAGCUAGUGGAUUUUGGUGUCAGUGCACAGUUGGACCGCACCGUGGGUAGACGGAACACUUUCAUCGGUACACCGUAUUGGAUGGCCCCUGAGGUCAUCGCCUGCGAUGAGAACCCAGAUGCUACAUAUGACUUCAAGAGUGACCUCUGGUCUUUGGGAAUCACAGCCAUUGAGAUGGCAGAAGGAGCCCCACCUCUCUGUGACAUGCACCCCAUGCGAGCACUGUUUCUCAUUCCCAGAAACCCAGCACCCCGACUCAAGUCUAAGAAGUGGUCAAAGAAGUUCCAGUCAUUUAUUGACAGCUGUUUGGUAAAGAACCACAGCCAGAGGCCCAGCACAGAGCAGCUUCUCAAACACCCUUUCAUCAGAGACCUGCCCAACGAGAGGCAGGUUCGCAUCCAGCUCAAAGACCACAUCGACCGCACCAAGAAGAAACGAGGGGAGAGAGAUGAGACUGAGUAUGAGUACAGCGGAAGUGAGGAGGAGGAGGAGGAACGAGACAUGGGAGAACCCAGCUCCAUCAUCAACAUCCCUGGUGAGUCCACCUUAAGGCGGGACUUCCUGCGUCUGCAGCUAGCUAACAAGGAGCGUUCAGAAGCUCUGCGCAGACAACAGUUGGAGCAGCAACAGAAUGAGGAACACAAGCGCCAACUACUGGCGGAACGACAGAAGCGUAUCGAAGAGCAGAAGGAGCAGAGGAGGAGACUGGAGGAGCAACAGCGACGAGAGAGGGAGAUAAGGAAACAGCAAGAACGGGAACAGAGGAGACGCUACGAGGAGAUGGAGCAGCUUCGGAGAGAGGAAGAGAGGAGACAUGCAGAGAGAGAGCAGGAGUAUAUUCGGAGACAGUUGGAGGAGGAACAGAGGCAGUUGGAGAUCCUACAACAGCAGCUCCUGCAGGAGCAGGCUCUUCUCCUGGAGUACAAGAGGAAGCAGCUGGAGGAGCAGAGGCAGGCGGAGCGUUUGCAGAGGCAGCUCCAGCAGGAGAGGGCUUACCUGGUCUCCCUCCAGCAACAGCAGCAGGAGCCCAGACCCGCAGAGAAGAAGCAGCUCUACCACUAUAAAGACGCAGUAAACCCCAGCGACAAACCCGCCUGGGCCAAAGAGGUUAUGAGACGCGCUCAAAGUAACUCCCCCCGAAUACCUCCCAAGAAGCACCACUCCUUUAACCACCCUGGGGAAGCACGUGUCGGCCAUCUCCUCCUCCCUAAUCAAACCCCCCAUCGCCGUCCUCUUCGCCCCCCGUCCUAUCCCGCCCCCUCCUCUUCCAGGUCCAGGGAGAGGUCGGAACUGGAGAUCAGACAGUUGCCCAGUAAUGCCAACAUACCCAGAAUCCGUGUGGCCUGCGAGCCCGACCUGGCAGACAUAGCCCAGCAACACCACCAAUCCCGUGGCCGCAGCCCAGGGCGAGCCCACAGAGGGGUUAUUUUGUGUUCUGACAUGCUCUUUCAUGUUCAGGUGGAGGAACGCUCUAAGCUGAACAGGCAGAGUUCCCCAGCACUGCAGCACAAGGUGGCCAACCGCAUCUCUGACCCGUCUUUGCCCCCUCGCUCCGAGUCCUUCAGUAGUGGAGGCAUACAGCAGGCCAGAACCCCACCCAUGCACCGCUCCGUAGAGCCCCAGAUGGCCCAUUUGGUCUCUGUGAAGUCCCAUGGUUCCUCCAUGUCAGGAUCUCAGUCUUUGCAUGACCAGUCUUCCCAGGGUGUCUCAGCCUUCCAGGAGAGCCUGUCACCCCAUCGACCCCCAAUGCCCCGUCAGAACUCAGACCCCACCUCUGAGACCCCACCACCGCCACCACGAAUCACUAGCCGUGAUGACAAGUUUGACCGUGGCUCCUGGCUGAGGCAGGAGGAGGACGUCCCACCCAAGGUGCCUCAGAGGACCACCUCCAUAUCGCCAGCACUGGUGAGGAAGAACUCUCCUGGGAAUGGACCAGGGGGUUUGGGACCAAGGGCCGGAACUCAUCUCAUCCGGGCCAGUAACCCAGACCUGCGUGUUGCCCUGGAUUCGGCACUCCAGAGGACCAGCAGUGGGAGUUCAUCAAGCUCCAGUACCCCCAGCUCCCAGGGUGGCUCUAAUGAGAGGAACCGGGUGGGAGGAUCCGGUAAACCCGAGGGAUCUUCAGCCGCAUCCCAAGAGACCAAGCCGAAAGCUCAGGAGGAGAGCCGUGAAGUGACCAGACCUAGCCGACCAGCAAGUUAUAAAAGAGCCGUAGAUGAGGAGGAACUGGACCUCACCGCUCUGGCCAAGGAGCUAAGGGAACUGCGGUGCAAUGAGGAGACGAACCGGCCGCCCGUUAAAGUGACGGAUUACUCUUCCUCCAGUGAGGAGUCAGAGAGCAGUGAGGAGGAGGAUGGGGAGGGUGGGGCUCAUGACGGCACCGUGCCUGUCAGCGAUAUCCCUCGAAUCAUGCCAUCAGCCGGCCAGGAGAGCAGUGAAUCAUACAGCGGGAUGGGUGAUCAUGAGGAUGACCAUAGCAACAAUUCCUAUGGCAACAACUCGAAAGAUAGCACCUUGAUGAUGAGAGAGACGUUUGAGGAUAGAAAGCGCUCGGGUCACGCCGAGAGCAACGGUUUCCCCGGUAACGGCAAUCUGCCCGAUCUAGUGCAGCAAAGUCGUUCUCCCUUGGCCACGCCUGGCGAGGGUCCAGGGCGGCACCCCGGUCUGCAUGCGCAGGACCUCGACUCUGUGGCUGAAUAUGGAAUGGGGAGUGGUUCCAAAGCCUCCUUCACCCCAUUUGUAGAUCCGCGGGUAUAUCAGACCUCGCCUACUGAGGAUGAUGAUGAAAACUCUGCUUCAGCUAAUUUUGCAGAUGAGAUGUUGCGUCAGGAACAGGAGCAGGAGCAAGCUCGGCUGAACGAGGCGCGAAAGAUCUCUGUCGUCAACGUCAACCCCACCAACAUACGGCCACACAGUGACACACCAGAGAUCCGUAAAUACAAAAAGCGCUUCAAUUCAGAGAUUCUGUGUGCGGCACUGUGGGGAGUGAAUCUGCUCGUUGGCACUGAGAACGGGCUGAUGCUUCUGGAUCGAAGCGGGCAGGGGAAGGUCUACAAUCUCAUAAACCGCAGACGCUUCCAGCAAAUGGAUGUUCUGGAGGGUCUCAAUGUUCUGGUCACUAUAUCGGGUAAAAAGAACAAACUGAGGGUGUACUAUCUGUCAUGGCUUAGGAAUAGGAUACUUCAUAAUGAUCCUGAGGUGGAGAAGAAACAGGGCUGGAUCACGGUGGGAGACCUAGAGGGCUGUGUCCAUUAUAAAGUCGUGAAAUAUGAAAGAAUCAAGUUCUUAGUGAUUGCCUUGAAGAAUUCGGUGGAGAUAUAUGCAUGGGCUCCAAAACCAUACCACAAAUUCAUGGCUUUCAAGUCUUUCACAGAUCUGCAACACAAGCCUCAGUUGGUUGACCUGACAGUGGAAGAAGGUCAGAGGUUAAAGGUUAUCUAUGGGUCCAGCGUUGGUUUUCAUGUGAUUGACGUAGACUCUGGGAACCCGUACGAUAUCUACAUCCCAUCCCACAUUCAGAGCAGUGUCACCCCUCACGCCAUUGUGGUGCUCCCCAAGACCGACGGGAUGGAGAUGCUUCUGUGUUAUGAAGAUGAGGGAGUCUAUGUGAACACUUACGGCAGAAUCACUAAAGACGUGGUGCUACAAUGGGGAGAGAUGCCCACCUCUGUUGCCUACAUCCACUCCAACCAGAUCAUGGGCUGGGGAGAGAAAGCAAUUGAAAUCCGCUCCGUGGAAACGGGACACCUCGACGGAGUUUUCAUGCACAAGCGAGCUCAGCGACUGAAAUUCCUCUCUGAGAGAAAUGACAAGGUCUUCUUUGCCUCAGUUAGAUCAGGAGGCAGCAGCCAAGUUUUCUUCAUGACCCUUAACAGAAACUCAAUGAUGAACUGGUAA